AUGCCGGCCACUUCAUCCCUUGCCGCGUUGAUGCAGUCGCCGUCCACACAUACCGACUCUACGAUCCUCGCACAUGGCAGAACCCUACCGGAUGUUUCGCUAGAUUCGCUGGGAUCCAGCUUCAGGUCGGAAGAUGAGGAGCGGAAUGUGCCUGUUCGACUUGGAGUUGGCGGGAUACGGCCGCAGGUCUCGAGGCUACCUACCCUCCCUACGAUAGACUCUCCCGAUACAUCCCGCCUCACCCCAUCCCCUCCACCCGCAGCCGCGCUCCUCAUGUCUCCACCAGCGACCGUCCGCCGCUCAUCCUCCUCAUCCGUCCUCGAGCGCACUCCCAACACUCAAGCUCCUCGAAGAUCUCGGAUCAUGCGAUCACAACUCACCGGCUCCGUCUCCUCGGCCUCGUCAUCUGAUGCCGGGCGGAUCAACAAGCGGUAUGGCGAUACAGACGAUGAGAGUGAUGCGGCAGGCGUACUAGCUAGUCUGAGCAUCAAUAUCACGCCGGGGAAGGGCAAGAAGGGAUAUGCGGCGGGACCGAGUAAGCGGAGUGGGCGCCAUAGUGUUGCGCUGGAAGGGACGGGGCCGAAGACCUUGCGAGAGCAGGAGCAAGAACUCGACUCGGUCAAGAAGGACAACUUCAACCUCCAGCUCGAGAACCACUUUCUGAAGGAACGACUCGGUCAGAUGGCGCCGGACCAUAUCGAAGCUGCGCUCAAGGAGAACGUCAAGCUCAAGCUGGAGAUUCUGAACCUGUCGAAGGAGACCAAGAAGAUCAAGAAGCUUCUCCUUCAGCAGGAUCGGGAUCUGAACGAUGUUCAGCGGGAACGGGAAGGCGCAUCGGGUACGAAGGGCGAAUUGAAGGAAUUGGAGCGAUUAUACAAGGAAGAGAAGGACCGGCGGCGCACGGCGGAGAAGGAAUUGGCGACGAGGGGGCCGGGCGCAGGAGGGCCCGAUGCGGAGAAGAUGAGGGCGCAGAUGGAGGAUGUGGAGGCGCCGGAGAAUGUCUGGAGGAGGCGGUGUGAGCAGCUCGAAGAGGAGGUGGAGCAUCUGAAGGGAGGUCUGGAGGAUCUGGAGCAGGAUCUGGCGGCGGAGCAGGAAAGGGCAGAUAGGGCGGAGGAUGGCGCAGUGGGACCAGAAGGGAGUAGUGAGCGGGACGAGAGGAGGAGGGCUAGGAUGCAGGCGCUAGAGGAGGAUAAUGUGAGGUUGGUGGAGGAGUUGGAAGCGAUGCGAAGGGAGAGGGGAAGCUCGGUGGCGGAUGAGCUGGAAGAUCGCUUGAACGAGAUGCAGGACAGGCUGGCGGCGGCCCAGCUCGACCUGGACAAGCGGGAUCAAGAGAUUGACGAGCUCAACGCCGAGCUGGAGGCGAGGUUGCGGGAUCAUGAGAAGGAGAUUGGUCAGGUGGCGGCGGAAUGGAGGGACGAGGUGCUGGAGGCAAGAGGGCAGGUCGAUGAGCUGAAAGAUCACGACAUCAAGGAGCUGCGGGAGACGCUGCUCGAUCGGGAAGAGGAAGUCGGGGCGGUGACGGAGCAAGUGCACGCGCUGGAGGCUGCUCAGGCCGAGACGCACGAUCGGCUCGAGGAUACGCUGAAGAAUAUCGAGCGGGAUAACGCAGAGAAGGAGGCGGAUCUGAUUGCUGCGAACCGCGAAGUGGAAGAGCUCGGUCAGCGGGUGUACGAGCUCGAAGAAUUAGCAGACGAGCUCAAAGCGCGCGAAGCAGACCUCAAUGCCGACUUGCGCUCAGCGGACGAAGCCUUCGAAUCCAGCAAGACGCACUACGAGUCCCUUGUCGCUGCCCUCAAGGACGCGCGCCGGAAAAUCCAAUCAGACCUGGACGAGCUUCAUGCGCAACACAAGGCGGAUACGGAGCGUCUCAGGCUGGAGAUACAAGAUCGCGAGACGCAUCUGACGCGCACGAAGCGCGAGGUGGAGGAUGCGAGAGAGAGGGUGGCCAUGCGGGAUAGGGAUCUGGUCAAGGUGCAGAAUGCGCUCAAGGCGUUGGAGAAUGAGCGAAGGAAGUUGGGGGAUGAGGCGACGAGCGACAAGUUUGGAUUGGAGCUUGAGAUGGAGCGUUUACGGAGGGAUUUGGACGGUGCGGAGGGGGAUCUCGAAGAAGCGAGGGAGGCACUGGCGAAGAGGGAUAUGGAGUAUUCGGCUAUGCUGGACAGACAACGAGAACUUCAGGACACUCUAUCGGCAGAAAGGCAGGCGAGGCUCAACAUGUCGGACAAGCUAGACGAGGCUAUGAAGUCCUCCAAGCGGUAUGAGCGCGAAGUCACCCUUCUCCGCGAACGCAUCGAAGAGCUCGAACCACUUUUGACCGAGACGCAACAUGAUCGCUUCACCUUGCAAAAGCAGAACGAGCAGCAGCGCCAAGAGAGGAGCGAAUUGCUGCUACGGGUCUUCAAGGAUGUCAAUCGGUUCCUCGGUACCGAGGACCAUACCACCCCCGCCAGCUUUGACGCCUUCCGCAGUACCCUCUUGACCCGUUUACGGUCGAUGAAUGGGGUUCGGACGGACUUUGAGAAACGAGUCAAGGAGACUGAGGCUUCGGUGGAUCAGCGCAUGGCCGUGCUCAAGCGGCAAUUGGAGCAGAAAUGGCGUGCUCUCGACACAUUCGAGGCGUCCGUCAAGAAGCUUGAGUUGACCCGGAUGCAGUGGCGCAGCAAGUACGCGUUGAAGGAUGGCGAGCUGGAAGCGGCCAAGACUCGUAUCAACGACCUCGCCUUGCAGCUCUCCUCUGAACGCGCCGGCUCCUCUUCCACCUCUAAUUCAACAUCCUCUCACCUUCGCUCCCUCACUGAGCGAGCAGAAAGCGCCGAGAAACGUGCCAAGGCCAGCCAGAACCAGCUCGCUCUCCUCGAAGCCAAGGUCGCCGAGAUGCAACAGCGCGCAGGACAGGCGGAGAAUAAGUGGGAAGCAAGAGUCAAGGAGUAUGAGAAUCGAUUACGGAUUGCCGGGGAGAAAAUCAAGACGGAGAAGCAGGGCGGGAAGGAGCGGGCUAUGCAGUUGGAGAAUCAGAUCAAGGAGCUCGAGAGGCAGGUCGAUGGUGCGAAGCGGAGGAAUGCGAGGGCGGAGGGUGUGGUGGCUACGGCGGCGCACCUGAUGCCGAGGUCUGCGUCGGGCUCAUCUAGUCGGGGGAAGGAUAGUCUUUAG